AUGGCUGGGUGGGCCACUAAUAUUGGGGGUGGCUUUAGUGGGGCUUUGAGGUGGGAUCCCCCAUGGGCUGAGUCAAGGACGGUGGUCAAGCGGUAUGUCCGUCUCUGGGUUUUGUUGCCAUGUGGGCCAUCAGAGGUGAGGGUGUCCUCUGGAAUGCAUGUGGGUUUCUCCUGGUCUGAGGGUUCUGGGUCGCUCCGAACGGCAUGGUUUUCUCCUGGAUGGAGUCUGUGGAAAGCCCCGCAGUGCCAGUUCACGCCACUGGAGGGAGCGGUGAGCCGUGGCGCCAGAGACCCUGGAAGACGUGGCAAUGCUGCUCGUCACCACUGGAGGCAGUGGCGAGCUGCCCUGGGAAACACCCUGGAAGAGGAGUCCGUGCAGCCUGCUGGCUCUGGGGGCCGUGGGGAGGUGUUGGGUGAGAGACCCUGGAUCGUGAGGCACUGCAGCUUGUUUCUCCAGGACGGAGUGCUGAGCUGUAUAGUCUCUGAUUCCCCAGGUUCAAGAGUGGUCCUAAGAGACCCUGGAGCCGAGCCCCCACACAGCACUGUGCCCUGUUUCCCCAGGUUUGCUGGCCAUCUGCUGUCAGGGUGGUUCCGGAGGGUCCGCCCAGUUGGGCUCUGGAGCCGGGGGGAACCAAACCCGACUCACGGUGCACUUGGAACCGAGGAGUCGAGUGUUUGGAAGAGCAUGUUUCUUUCUCCACAAAGGACAAGGGCAUUGGUCGGCUUUAGAAGGAAGUCAAUGACCACUUAA